UCCGCCGCCUAUCCUUCAAUAGGAAGUGGUAUCUCUUCAUGUGAAUGUAGUGUAGAACCAGAAACCAGUGGAGCUUUGUUUAGUGAAAGUAAAUCCCCCAAAACCCUCACCAUUAGAAGUCGGUAUAAAAAGAUGUUACAACAGGGGGUAGAGCAUCAUUCAUCACUGAUCACCAUUCAUACCAUGAUGAAGUCCUUUCAGGUAGCAGUUCUACUCCUUACGGUUGCCAGCUUAGCAACAUGCGAGGAGAAAUCGAAAGCUGCAGCUUCCGAUAAGAAGACUGACAAAAGAGGAAUCUUAGAUCUUGGAUACGGAAGCGGUGGACUUGAUGGUGGAUUCGAAGGAGGACAUGGAAGUUUGGGAGGUGGUAUCGGAGGAGGAAUUGGCGGAGGUCAUGGCGGCGGAAUUGGCGGAGGAUUUGGAAGUGGAAUCGGUGGAGGUCAUGGCGGAGGAUUGGGAGGUGGAAUCGGUGGAGGUUACGGCGGUGGCAUAGGAGGCGGAAUUGGUGGUGGUAUCGGAGGAGGAAUCGGAAAAAGAUUUUUAAUGAACUGGUGUUAA